CCCAUUACCACAGUCAACAGCAGCAGCUGGAACAUAAAAUCGCAGCAUUGGAAUGCGGCAUGUUACUGCAGCAGGAAGUAACAGCAGGAACAGGAUAUUUGAUAUUAGUUUGUGCGAGCCAAGCUGUAUGGCCCAGAAGGUCAAGCUCUGCUGUUAUCGUUAGCGGGUAAAAAAAUCAAUGAGCUUGGUAAUGUGUCCUGUGACAUUACACAGCUCAAAGGUUUGACAUGUUUAAUUAACAAACGUUAACAUUUCCGCCAUAAAAUCAAUACACCAACGGUGUUUUUCUGUUAAGUAGCCUUUGCGUAACCAAGCAAACGUCAUACACUAAACAACAGUGAAAAUAACAAUAAAAUUCCAAAUAACAAGUGACUUUCCGAACCAGAAAUAUUUGAUUUAAAUGCUAAAAUGUCGUCGUCAUCGUCAGCACAUCCAUAUGGACUGACAGCGAAUGAUAUUGCCCGUGAGUAUCAGCCGUAUGGGGGAUCAGCCGGUAUUGUGGCCAGCACUUCCAUGACAAACCCUCGACAACAGCAACAACAACGACAGGAGCUACAACAGCAGCAGCAACAACAACGACAGUCAAGACAACAGCUGCAGGAGGAACGCGAGGAUGCACUUGAGUAUUUCAUCAAGUUUCCAAAGCCAACAGCCGACAAUGAUUUUGUCCUAGUUAGUGGCAAUGAGGAGCAUAAUAAUGUGCCUAUUGUAAUGCUGCUUGGCUGGGCCGGUUGUCAGGAUCGCUAUCUCAUGAAGUAUUCCAAAAUUUAUGAGGAAAGAGGUCUCAUAACUGUGCGCUAUACUGCACCUGUGGACACGCUGUUCUGGAAGCGCAGCGAAAUGAUUCCCAUUGGAGAGAAGAUACUAAAGCUUAUUCAGGAUAUGAACUUCGAUGCACAUCCGUUGAUUUUUCACAUAUUUUCCAAUGGCGGCGCCUAUCUCUAUCAGCACAUUAAUUUGGCCGUUCGAAAGCACAAGUCGCCGCUUCAAGUUCGUGGUGUGAUCUUCGAUUCGGCGCCUGGUGAACGUCGUGUGCUCGGAUUGUAUCGUGCAAUUACAGCUAUUUAUGGACGACAAAAGCGUUGCAAUUGUAUCACAGCACUGGCCAUAACACUGACCCUGAGUAUCAUGUGGUUUCUCGAGGAAACUUUCGUUGCAUUCAAGAGCUUGUUCAGCAAGUCGACACCAGUGAAUGCCAGUCCAUUUUGUGAGCUGAAGAAUGAGCCGAACAAAUAUCCUCAGCUGUUUCUAUACUCCAAAGGGGACGUGGUCAUACCAUAUAGAGAUGUGGAGAAGUUUAUACGACUGCGCAGGGAUCAGGGAAUUGAUGUGUCGUCCGUUUGUUUUGAGGAUGCGGAGCAUGUAAAGAUCUAUACCAAGUAUCCAACACAAUAUGUGCAGUGUGUGUGUAGUUUCAUCAGGAAUUGCAUGACUAUGCCUACUUAUCAGGUGGUCGGUGAUGUUACUGACUCCGAAUCCAUAGAGCAGCUGCAAGAGAAACAACAACAACAGCAGCAACAGUCGAGUGGAAAUUUGAAAUAUGAUUAAAUUUUAGUUCUGAUUUUAAGCACAAACAGCGCCGGCUAGAACAGGACAACGCAUCAAACGCAUGUGAUAGGCAGCACAACUACUAUUAACUAAAACAAAAUACUACUUUCAAAAUACUAUUUGAAGAAAUUGCAGAAAUUUUAAACGUCAUUAUUGAAAAUUUAAUGCUAGCGACCGCAUGGCGUCCGCUGCCGCUUUAAUGUAGAAACGAAUUUAAGAGUUACUCAAUCUAAACGUGUGCAUCCCUACAUUUUCCCCCUAUCCUUCUUCUGCUAAAUGAGGAAAGUGCAGUAAAUAAAAAAUAAUAAUCAUAUAUUUUGUAA